GAUUAGGUACCUUAAUAACUAUGAUUCCCAUCUUAUCACUUGUUACAACAGCAUUCAUUUCACCCACUCUGGCAGUCGACUGGUACGCGUGGACGCAAGCAAACUACGCCGCAAUCCAGCACGGACUGGCGCAGCUAAACGAUGCGGCCAAGCAAAUGAAUAAUUCCAUCAUCCAGCAGCAGAAUCGCGUUGAACAUGGAAUGGACUCUAUAGAUAGCUUCGUUCGGCAAUCAUUGCUUGCUACGUGGUCACAAUAUCCGAAUUUGAAAUUCUCUGCAGAUCAGAUGCAGAGAAUGAUGAGCUCGAUACAUAAAGCAAACAGAUUCAAAACAUAUGUUUCCGACACUGCUGAUGGCUACAAACGGAGCGUCACCAGUAACGUCAUGAUUCCGGCCCAAGCGAUUGUACAGAGCAUUCUAAGCGCCAUGACGACUAUCUAUGAUAAACAGCAAAAAUGCAGCUCCUACGCUUCGCAACUGGUGCAACCGCGGACUGCAAUCGGGCGGCUACAGUACUGCGUCCUUUUGGCUGUUCCUUAUUUUGAGACAGUAACAAACACCACUUUGUCGCUGUUCGACCAUGGUAAGAACACCGUCACAACUUUAAUCAGUCUUUUGGGAUCAUGCUCACCGGGUUCGACCAGUUGUGUCUCGAAGUUUAUGGACGAGCUGCCAGAUCUGUUGAACAACGUGGUCAAUGCCAUUUCAGUUUUAUACGUCAUACCGCUGACUGCAAUGAAGCCGGGAAAAUUAGCCGUCCAGGAAUGCGUGUCUUUGAUUACAGAAGACAUAAAACAAACUGUGAAAGAACUGGUCCAUAGAAUCCUUUCCUGCUAGCAAUGAAAUAAGGGCUGUAAGAGUGAGAAGUUCUUCAGUGGAAAAUAAACUAAAAGACAUUCCGCACAAACAAAGACAACAUGAGAAAAAUGUAUAGGCUUCAAAGCUCUACUAAAUAAGUAAAAGUAAAAGCACCGACGUGCCACUGACACUCUUUGACUAUCCGAAGAAGUCGUUUAGCCGAUUUGGUCAUUUCCAAAAACAAAUUCAAAUGUCUUUUCCCCGUUCAAAAAUUUGAUUAAACCGAUAAAUUCUUUGGAUAUUUU